CGUCGCGGGGGCCUGGCCGGGCGUCGCGGACUCGGGAGAUGGAUGAAAAGGAGCAAUUACGGCGGCAGAUCCGCCUCCUGCAGGGUCUGAUCGACGACUACAAAAACCUCCAUGGCAACGCACCUGCCACGGGCACCUCGGCUGCUCCCCGAUGGCGGCCGCCCGCUUACCACGGGGACAGGGCCUUUGGCACCCGCUACCCUCGUCCCAGCCGGAGAGACUUCACACACCAGGGGCCUUCGUGGCGCAAGAAAUACUCCCUGGUGAACUGGCCCCCCGGGUCCUCCGACCCGCCCGGUGACCGCGACGUGCAGACGGCCCUUGGAGCAGGGGCCAGGCCGGACCCCGAGCCCCAGCAGGAGGACGUCCUUGAGAGACAGGUCCAGCUCGGCUCAGAUCACAACAUGGUCAUCAAAAUCAAGCCACCGACGAAGGCCGGCUGUGCCGGGGCCCCGGGGCCCCUGCAGAGCUCCGUGGGAGAUGAGGACGCCCCCUGGGGAGCCCAACAGCCCCGGGAAGGCGAGGGGGAGCCCCCUGGGGGGCAGCUGCAGCCCUGCAGGCCAGCAAGAGGCAGGGGCGGCCGCAGCGUGGAGGACCCCCUCCUGGUCUGCCAGAAGGAGCCGGGCAGGCCCCGGGUCGUGAGGUCCGUGGGCAGUGUGACUGGCAGCGCCCCCGGGCCCCGGCGGACGGUCAGCGAGAGCGCGGUGGCCAUCAAGCCACACGCCCCCGCCCCCGGCCUGGGCCGCACAGGCGCCCCUCACUCUGCAGCCAGCUGUGCCGCGCAGCUCCCGGGGCACGGGAGAGUGAGGGCUGGCCACCCAGCUCAGCCGGUCCCCUCAGGAUCCACCGUGGGCCCAGCCAGGCCAGCUUCCGGAGCCAGGCAGGCCCGCGAGGCCUCGCUGCUGGUACCCUGUCGAACCAGCAAGUUCCGGAAAAACAACUACAAAUGGGUCGCCGCCUCAGCCAAAAGCCCCCGUGCCACCCGGCGUGCCCUGAGUCCCCGAGCAGCCGCGGAAAACCUGGGCAAGGCCCCCUGCGGCACGGCCGCGACAGAGACGGCGCAGCUCCGGCCGGACCAGGCCAAGGCCAGAAGGCCGGGUGCGGCCUCGAAGCCCGGGCCCUCGCCCAGCAAGUACAAGUGGAAGGCCGCCAGCCCCUCCGCCUCCUCCUCCUCCUCCUCCCGCUGGCAGGCAGAGGCUGGUGGCAGGGACCACGCCCCCCCGCUUGCCCCCGUGCCGUCCAGGUCCCCUCCGGGGGAGACCUCGCUCUCGGCUUACAAGGUGAAGAGCCGCACCAAGAUCAUCCGGCGGCGCAGCGGCACCAGCCUCCCUGGGGACAAGAAGAGCAGCCCCUCGGCUGUCGGCACCAAGACGCCCGUCAGCCUGCGGCGCCGACAGGCCGUCCGCGGGAGGAGCACCCCUGUCCUGAAGAAGACCCCCCACAGGGGCCUGCUGCAGAUCACCAGGCACCGGCUGUGCCGCCUGCCCACCAGAGAGGCCUGCAGCCUGCACCCCCUGCGGACCCCACCCACCAGCAAGGUGAUCAAGACCCGCUACCGCAUCGUGAAGAAGACGCCCACCACGUGCCCCAGCGCCCCGCCCUGCCCCUCGUCCCCGCCUUCCUGGCGGGCCCGGCGGCUCUCCCAGUCCAGGGCCCUGGCGCUGAAUCGCGUGCGUCCGACAGCUGCAGGCCCUGCUCGCUGGGGGAACAAAGGCUACUGCUGCAUCGGAGGUGUCCUCUACAAGGUGUCCGCCAACAAGCUCUCCAAGACCUCGGGCCGGCCGGGCGACGCGGGCGGCAGGCCCCUCCUGCGCCCAGGCCGACUGGACCCUCCCAGCAGCUGUAGCCGCUCCCUAGCCAGCCGGGCGGUCCAGCGCAGCCUGGCCAUCAUCCGGCAGGCGAAGCAGAAGAAGGAGAAGAAGAAGGAGUACUGCAUGUACUACAACCGCUUCGGCAGGUGCAACCGUGGCGAGCACUGCCCCUACAUCCACGACCCUGAGAAGGUGGCCGUGUGCACCAGGUUUGUCCGGGGCACGUGCAAGAAGACGGAUGGGACCUGCCCCUUCUCCCACCAAGUGUCCAAGGAGAAGAUGCCCGUGUGCUCCUACUUCCUGAAGGGCGUCUGUAGCCACAGCAGCUGCCCCUACAGCCACGUGUACGUGUCCCGGAAGGCCGAGGUCUGCAGCGACUUCCUCAAAGGCUACUGCCCGCUGGGCGCCAAGUGCAAGAAGAAACACACGCUGCUGUGCCCCGACUUCGCCCGCAGGGGUGCCUGUCCCCGCGGCACCCAGUGCCAGCUACUGCAUCGCAACAAGAAGCGCCACGGCCGGCGGACAGCACCCCCCACCCCGGGGCCCGGCGACACCACCCCCAGGAGCAGGCCCUCGGCCAGCCACGGGCCCAGGAAGCCCUCCGCCAGCCAGCGUCCACCCACACAGACGUCCAGCUCUGCUGCCACGGCUGCCCCCGCCUCCCCUCCCCCGACCCCACAGAAGUCAGCCUCGGCCUUUCCCUCUACUUCCUCACCCAAGGCCUCCUCCCCCUCCUCCUCCUCCUCCUCCUCCUCCUCCUCCUCCUCCUCCUCCUCCUCCCCCUCCCCCUCCCCGUCCUCCUCGGCCCAGGAGGACCCGCAUCUCCAGGAGGUGGCCGCGCCUGUGUCUUCGAGCUCUGGGGGCCUCUGCAAGCUGCCUUCCUUCAUCUCCCUGCAGUCCUCGCCGAGCCCGGGAGGCCAGCCCCGGGCCCGGACCCCCAGGAUCCCCCGCUCCAAGGACUCAGGGAGGCCUCUGCACAUCAAGCCGCGCCUCUGAGGGCCCCGGGACCAGCCUGCACCUACCUCACCCUCCACCCUGAGGAAGUGCCGCAGGGGCGCCGUCCUGCCUGCCUGACGCUCAGCCUUCUGUGGCCAGUAUGCCCAGGGCCUUGUCUUCCUGCCUCGGGCCAGGCACCUGCCCAGCCGGCCCCCCGUACCCCUCCCUCCUCACCCCUGCCCCUCAGGGUGCCCCCGUCCCGUCCCCUGCCGUGGGCAUGGGUGGCCGUGCCCCCAGCCGCCCGACCUCCUCGGCAGGUAUUUUGUGUCCAGCAAUAAAGGCUCUG